UACAGAAUUUAAUAUCGCCUAACUUUAUUAGUAAAUCAAAGAAGUUAAGACGCGGUUUGACAUGGUUCAUGUUGUUUCGCCAGUUGGCCAUAGUGGAAAACUCGAUAAUUAUUAAAGUUAUCAUCAGCGACGCGGUCCGCGGAUAUAAGUGAUAAAGAUAAACAAAAAUUAGUAAUAUUAUAAUUUUUUUGUUCUUACAUUUUAAUUUUAAUUUUUUUGUUAUUACAAAAUCGUACGGUAGUAGUGACGUAACYGCACAGUCAUGCCGAAAUAUUAUUGUGAUUAUUGCGAUACGUACCUGACGCACGAUUCGCCGUCAGUGAGGAAGACCCACUGCCAGGGUCGCAAGCACAAGGAUAACGUCAAGUUCUACUAUCAGAAGUGGAUGGAAGAACAGGCACAGAACUUGAUCGAUGCCACGACGGCAGCAUACAAAGCUGGCAAGAUCGGCAUGAAGGGAGUGUGCAUACCGCCACCGAACAUGGGCCAGCCGGCGCCACAAAUGGCUAUGCCACCAGGUUCGAUCAUGCCGCCCGGACAGAUGCCCAUGGGAGCACCGCCGAUGAUGUCUAUGCCGCCAAUGAUGAGACCACCCAUGGGACAGAUGCCGAUGGGUGCGCCUCCACCAAUGAUGCCCCCGAUGCCACCAAACAUGAGACCACCUAUGAUGACCAAUCCACCUCCUAAUGUCCAAGCUCAACAAUAAAAUAACUAAACUUUAUUCAUUCUCAACUGUACUGGUAUCUUUUAAAUCUUAUGAAUUAUAUUUGAAAUUGUUCUUAUUUACAUGUCAUGCAUAAGAAAUGUUUAACACACAUGGUUUAAAUAAAACAAAUGUCUAGUGUUA